UUCCGGCGGCCGCAUCGCCGAAUGGCGUGUUUUUAGAAAUUACUAAGAUGCCGCCUGCAGCCGCCAGCCUCCUGCCUGUCCAACACAACAGUUAUUAAGCAUGUUCAGCGGCCAGAACCCAUCUCACUCUUAUCAAUUUUUCCCUCGUGUCACUAUCAGUACUCUACUAUCUCGUUGCGAUGAAGUUUGAGGUUGUAUGGAAAUCAUCACAUUACCACUCUGAUGGUCGUCGCCGGAGCAGACCGAAGGCUUCGACCUUCCAUGGAUGGCUAGUCAAAUGGCGCGCUACGUUUAGUGGAAAUGAGCACCUUCGAGGAGAAGGUAUGCGCGAAAUGCGCGAAGCUAAAGCCAUGCGGGAAUACAAGCGACAGCAGAAGGCUGCUAAGAGAGCCAAGAAUGGCCGGGCGAAGCCGGGACUGUUCUCAAGAUUCAGCUUUGGAAAACCAAAGACAAGACGGGCUCUUAGACCCGGCACGCUGGCUCGAGACUCGCACAGUUCUCGCAAGAGCAACAACAGCCGACAAGCGGUCCUUACGAGGACUGCAAUCAGUCGACGACCUACAAGACAGAGUUCACGUCAACCGUCAUAUAACUCUAAACGAGAUGUCGCACGAACGAGGUCUUCCCAAAAAUGAUCACACUGUAUCCUGACAUGUUGAGGUACUAUCUAUUAUCAUAAUUAUGUAUUUGAACACUCCACCUGCAGGGAUAUAUUUAUCACGGAAGUCAUGCUGUAAUAACUCGUAUUCGCCUCUCUUAGGAGUACCAGUCGAUAGUAUGUAGAUGCCGGACCAUAGGGAACUAUAAUGAUAACGGUCAACUCGAAUUGGUAGGCUUGGAAUGUUUGUGCAUUAUGUGGGAAGGCGACGUGACAAUGUGAGGCGGGGGGGCUAGAUUUCAACAAUAUGCAAUGAAUCGCCAGGUACACGGCAGACUCGGGUCGGGUCCUUCAAGUAGAUGG